AUGUCGGGAAAUAAUCCCUUAAAUAAAGCGGACUUACCAUUUGGCGAUAGAAUGACGGAACUUUUUGAAGGAAUGACUUUAUCAAAAACCGAAACUUCAACCACCAUCGAUAAUAAGAAUAACAAUUCCACAUUUUUCACUUUGUCAACAUCCCCUUCCUCUAAAUCUCCAAGAAACAAAGAAUCCCUCCGCUCUCAACAACCACCUUUAAAAUUAUGGAAUACAAAUCCAAGUGUUCAGUUUCUUGGACAUAAUAACCAAACAAGAAUCUUAACGCAAUACCCGACGACUUUCUCGUCAUCAUCGAUAUGUGACUAUUUAGAAUUGUCAGAGGAGAAAGACCUACUCGAGAAAAUGAGACUUUUAUUUAUUGAGGCAAUUAAUCGAAGCGACUCGAACCCGAGAAAUUCUUUCAUUUAA